AUGGCUUCGUAUGACGCUGGGCAUGCUUUCGAGCACAAAACCGUACCACAAGCUAUCGUGGGAAAAGUUGUUCGGCUCAUCACGACUCCAAUCGGCCUUGUAAGCGAAGCCAUUCAAAACUCGAAGGACAAGAAGCGUGUGCCACAGAGUGACAAGGCCCAAGGGAAGGAUGCCAGCGGGGAUCAUCCGCCGACAUAUGUUGAAUUAUUGCCCGACCAGGCAGAUGAACUUGUAGCCAGUGGCCAAACAGUGCCAGCAGAAGGGGAGAAGCCAACCCACGAAUUAGUGCCUGAAAAUGAAGAUAAGCUUCGACCCGACGAUGAGGCGGAUUUGGACGAACAAGACUGGGCUCUAGAUGAGGUUGUUGCGUCUGACGACGAGAAUGACAACCUCACUGAGGGCGCGAUCCUCGCACCACCGUUAUAUACUAUGUCCGAGGGAAAGCUCACAUCGAGGAGAUUACCAUUCCCGGUGAUCCUCCCUCAACAACGGCCAGGCACCAAAACCCGAGGUUUCGUUAGGGCAUACGCGCCUGUCCUCUCAGAUAGCGGGAUUAACCAAGCCUCAUUCCUCAAGUUUCUGAAAGACCUCCACACAAACGCCCAGGCGUCACCGAUCUUCGAUUGCGUCAUGGUAGCAACAGCUCUGGUCGGUGCAUAUCCGGAUUUGAUUGUCGGAUUAGCCACCCAGAUCGUGCAAAUCGCCGUCAUGGCUGGUCAGGAAGCGCAAGAGAGAUGGCGAACAAACAAAUUUCUGGACCAGGCGAACAAGGAGUUGUUUGCGCCUCGGGGACUCUUCGCCAUGAUUGUGACCUUCAAGAAAGGCACAAGUGAUACGCCGCCUGUUUCUACCAUAACUGUUGACAUGAGCGCGACUGCUGUGGCUAAAUACGGCAAAGAUCUUGUACACAAUGAUGAGUCCGAAGAGUCACAAGGAAGGAACAACCGUACCGAGGAGUGGAAGGAGAAAUUGGAGAGGUUGCGUCUUUCCAGUGGGCAGACUACGGAAGAUGAGAUGCCGAUCAUGUGUGCACCACUGAUCUUCCCGCAACUAGAGACGGCUGCUGCCAUCAUUUCUAUCAAUGAUGGGAAGAACACGGAGAGUCAAAAUAGUAUGAUUUCGAAUAUCAAGAGCAAAGCAAAAGGAGCAAAUGCCUUUGUAGCCGACUACUUCGACCGUCGAGCUCAAGCGACCUACGUAAGUACCCUGGCUUAG